GACUACGGCUCGUCGUCCAAGUGGUGGCUGACUAAGAGUCUUCCGUCAGAACUGUCUGGCAAAGAUGUAUACUACGAGGUUGACAGCCACGAAAUAAGGAAGAGAAACGGCAAAACGGUCGUCUACUUGGACUACUACAUUGUCAACCAGGACUACUCGACAAAAAUAUGGGAGAUGUCGUACGACGCUGCAAACCCAGACAAGCUGGCCACCUUUGUCGAGACGGUGCGAGAAAAACCGGCAACCAACUCCACUUACCUCCUUGAGGCAUCGAGGAAAUACGGUGCGGUGGCAUUCCAGCUCUCAUCGUCGGCCGUUGGCAGUUCCAAAAUCCAAGAAGAUCUGGUUUCAUGGGUGUUCAAGCAGCUGCCGCGCGACGUGAUGCCUGCUGUCGGAUCCAAGACAUUCGGUGCCACCAUCUACAGAAACACAAACAACGUUGAGAUCAACCAGCUAGACGAGAUCCGUCCCGGCGACGUGCUUGUUGUCCUGAAAGGACGGUUCGAGGGUCAUUCUUCGGGACCGUUCCACAAAAGCAAAACUGCCGAGUUGGGAUUCAGUGGUAAGCCAUACACAGCAAUACUUGCCGGCUUCGACCCGUCCAAGGGCAAGAUGAAGGUGAUUGAGCAAACUGCUAAGGGUGUCCAAUCUGGCGCAUACAAGUUGGGAGACUUCAAGUCUGGCAAGAUAAGAAUCUUCAGGAUCGUGGGUAGAGAUUAUUUUGGAUGGUGA